CCACGGUGCUUGGCCAUGUUGCUAUUAGAAACUGCCCUGCAAUGAGUAUAUUCAACGCUGCAAAGUAAACCGAACCCAGAGAGGCAGCCAUUGAACUGGUGCUGUUUGGCACGGCUGAUGGGCAGGUGAUUGUCAUGGAUUGCCACGGCAGGAUGCUGGCCCACGUCCUCCUGCACGAGUCAGACGGCGUCCUCGGCAUGUCCUGGAACUACCCAAUCUUCCUGGUGGAGGACAGCAGCGAGAGCGACACGGACUCAGAUGACUACGCCCCUCCCCAAGAUGGUCCAGCAGCGUAUCCCAUCCCAGUGCAGAACAUCAAGCCUCUGCUCACCGUCAGCUUCACCUCGGGAGACAUCAGCUUAAUGAGCAACUACGAUGACUUGUCUCCCACGGUCAUCCGCUCAGGGCUGAAAGGUACAGAAUGCUGCACACACCCCAAGCCUGCAGACCAGGCCUGCGUGUGUUUGCUUCAAGGCUGGUCUUGUACGCCCUGUGCUUACUGAUUCCUGUCCUCUGUGGUGACCCCUUCUGGGCUUCGUGGAGUCUGUUAACUAAAGCCGCUCCCUCUUCACUCCUUUGCUUAUCUGACAAGUCCGUACCUAGUCUUAUCUCAAAGGGAGAUUCCUGACAUUCAGUCUUUGUCUUAACCUGCUCUUUUCCUCACUAUGGCAAGAAUGAUCCUCUCUCAGGUGUACAAGUGUGUUUGUGUCUGGCUUACACGUGUCUACACAAUAAACGGAUUGCAGCACCUGCCAUCCCUGAGGGAGCAGAUGGCUCACAAGCCAUCAUUUACACAGAAGCCCCUGUGAUUUUAAGAACCUGGCAGGCUUAUUAAGGAGCUGAUCAUUGUGCGAUAAAGUUACGUUGAAAGACUUGUGAAGGUUCUGCAAUUACUAGACUGAGACAUUGAUGUGAAGGGCAGCAGUCAAGUGCUGAUACCUUCCUGAUAGAUAUUAUGAGUGUUGUUAUCUCAAAAGAAAAUCAGUGGGCAUAGGCAUUUGGAGUGUUGUGAAUUUUCUAAUUCGAGGCUACUGCUGAUGUUGUUGACUCCACUGAUGUUAGUUCUAUGGAAAAACAACCUGUCUCUUCAGGGUUGAAUGGUUAAAAAAGGUUUUAAAAUUCAGUACCUGGCUGCCUCUGACCCUUGAUGUUUAAGGGACCUCCUGUAAUCUGAAUGAGGAUAUAGGAGACAAGGCAGGAACUUUGGUAUAACUCGCUACUGUCAUUCAAAACUGGCCAUCAGUCUAGGGAGUCAUUACCGUGUGCUGCUGCUGCUGCUUGCCUGACUUAUUCAGCAAU